AUGCUUCCUCUGAAUACCUCUCAUACCCACCUUGCUGGUUGCUUUCUCAUUGGAAUCCCAGGUUUGGAGCACCUGCACAUCUGGCUUUCUGUUCCUUUCUGCAUCAUGUACGUGGCUGCCUUGGCAGGGAAUAGCAUCCUGAUCAGUGUAAUCAUCUACCACAGGAGCCUUCAUGAACCCAUGUACCUGUUCCUAUCCAUGCUGGGCAGUGCUGAUGUCUUCUUCUCCACUUCUACCAUACCCAAGGCUCUGAACAUCUUCUGGUUGGGAACCCAAGCCAUCUCCUUUGAUGCAUAUCUCACCCAAAUGUUCUGUAUCCACUUUCUGUUUGUGGCUGACUCAGCCAUCCUGCUGGCCAUGGCAUUUGACCGCUAUGUGGCCAUCUGCUCACCUUUACACUAUAACACUAUCCUUACUCCCAGCAUCAUCAGAAAGAUAGCUGGGGCCACACUUACACGCAGCUUCUGCAUUAUAUUCCCAUCUGUCUUCCUCCUCAAAAGGUUACCUUAUUGCCGGACUAAUAUAAUUUCACAUACAUUCUGUGAGCACAUGGGCAUUGCCCGGCUGUCCUGUGCUGAUAUCUCUGUCAAUGUCUGCUAUGGUUUGGCAGCUGCCUUGUUCUCUACAAGUCUAGAUAUCAUUCUUAUCACCAUCUCCUAUGUACUCAUCCUACGCACUGUCUUCCAUCUUCCAUUACAUGAAGCUUAGCGCAAAGCAGUGGGAACGUGUGGCUCUCAUAUUUGUGUUAUACUGCUCUUUUACAUGCCUGCUCUUUUUUCUGUCUUUGCCUACCGCUUUGGUAGGAAAAGUAUUCCCCAUUAUGUCCAUAUCCUCCUAGCCAGCCUCUAUGUUGUUAUCCCACCCAUGCUCAACCCUGUGAUUUAUGGUGUAAGAACCAAACAGCUGAAAGACAUCAAGCUUCUGUAUUUUCCCCUGAGUGAGACACAUCUUUUGCUACCUGCUUUCAUUAAAAGUGGAGAUUUUCAUAUGGCAAUAACUGUACUUUUGAAGUUUUUUGGUAUCUUCAUCAGUGUUAAUAUUGUGCAUUAA